GUACUAUUUAUAUGAUUUCGGGAGGACCGACCGAUGGAUAUUCGAAUAAUGCCAGGAAGGAGCAUGCACGAGCCCUUAAACGUAAAAGAGAUGAGGUCGGGAUAACUGGCCGAAUGCUAGUGAUUAGUUUCUGGGCGAAAGACGCUGAGGGGAUUUUCUUACCCCACAAUGACGCACUAGUGAUCACGACAGAGGUAGCAGGGUUCGAUGUGAAGAGGGUGUUCAUCGACACGGGGAGCUCGGUCGAUAUCAUGUUCUAUGAUUUUUUCUCGCAGAUCAACAAGCAUAUAAAUUUGGAGCUGAAGCCGGUGGCAACGGCAUUGUACGGUUUUGAUGGUGGCGAGGUCAUGCCCAUGGGCGAA